CUACUAUUUGUUCUAAUGGCCUGUUAUUUCCUCGAAGCAGUUCCUUCCAAUUGGCUGCAGCCUGGUGGUAAAUGUUACUUUCCCACUUACAGUAAUAUACGUUUGCAACAGGCAUUGCAACGACGAGAAGAGCCUCGAAAGGAAUGGCCUCUUUACGACAUAUUUUUAUUUAGGAAUAACGUUUAUGAUAAUUUUAAUGUUGCUCAAAAAAAAGCAAAAAAGGCCACAAUCACAUCAGAUCUAGAAUCGGAUUCCAUUAUCGCAAUUGUACCACCUAAAAGAAAACGAAUAAUAAAACAUUUUUCAAGUUUUUCAUCUGUUGAAGAAGAAAUAGAACAUGUCAGCAGUUUACCACCACAUCCUCAACUUAAAGUUGUUAAAAAGGUUGUUCAAGCCGAAGUUCAUAGUGUAGAUAUUGAUGAUACAAGUCCUCCAGCUCCAGAUAACUCCGACAAAGUUACCAAAUUAGUAGAAAGUGAUCAAAAUUUGGAGGGUGUGGAAUCCAAUAGAGGAAUGUUGGUUAAAAUACUUCAUAAACAGAAUAUAAUUAUGGCUUUACUAAAUGCGAUGAAUGAAAGGUUUGCCAACAUGGAAAAAAAAAUGGUACUAUCAGCUGAACCUUCCGUAGAAAUCUCAGAUACUAUUUUUACUAAAUUUGACUUCCCCUUCAAUGUUAUUGAAGCACUAGAAGAUUUUGAAACAUUUAUUAACAAUCCAGCAGAGUUCAACAAAGUGGUUCUGGAAUUUUUAAGACUAGGUGGAAACGUCCCAUACAAUUUUGUGGCAAGGUCCAUGGAAAAGUUGUUUACUAACCAACUUGCGAACAAUUUUAGUUAUUAUGGUCGAAAACAAAAAAGACCUUUUAAUAAAUUAAACUUCAAUAAACUAGUGAUUGAAUCUGGGUUAUCUAUAUUUCCCACAUCCUCAAGAAUGGUUUUUGAGCAAUCAAUAGCGAAAUGGUUGAGACGUGCAAAGGAGAGGAAGGACAAAAAUUAAUAAUCAAUGACUGCAAAAUAUCCAUGUUACAUCCCAGGUAAACCUCCAUUGGAUGUAGUGUACGGAUGUUCAAUGGAGAUCCAUUCUAGUGCCAAACGUACAUCCACUGAACAUCCAUUGAAUGUUUGAGGACCUAAUAUGUAC